AUGGGAAGUACUGCGAAAGCCAUUAUGACUGGUUUUAUAUGUAGGUUAUGCUCCAAUCAAAAAAAAAUUGUGAUUCACCUCUAUACUCAAAGGGCCAAGAAAUUGGAGUUGCUGAAGAAAAUCAAGCUAUUACCACUUGAUUUGACAAGAUAUGAUAAUUUACCAAAAACUAUUUGUGAAGAAUGCAUCAACCGUUUGGAAAUACAGUAUAAUAUGAUUCAGAGAAUCAGGAAAAGUCAUGCUAUACACCGUCGACAUCGGAUGUAUCAUAGUAAUGGUAGAUGCCCUGUUGAAUGCCCAUUACGAGGUACUGUGGACCCCUCUUGGCCUGAAAUGGCCCUAGAGGAAUCAUCAGUAUAG